AUGCCGAAGAACAAGGGAAAGGGUGGCAAAAAUCGCCGAAGAGGCAAAAACGAGAAUGAUGCUGACAAGCGAGAAUUGGUUUUCCGAGAAGACGGUCAAGAGUAUGCUCAAGUAGUCAAGAUGCUUGGAAACGGUCGCCUUGAGGCUCAAUGCUUUGAUGGAGAGAAGCGAUUGGCGCAUAUUCGAGGAAAGAUGCGCAAAAAGGUUAGCCUCAUCUUUCCCACUAUUUCUGGCUCAGGUGGCUCAACAAUUGAGAAGGUGUGGAUUAACCAAGGAGAUAUCAUUCUGCUCUCUUUGCGAGAGUUCCAGGAUGAUAAGGCCGAUGUCAUUGUCAAAUAUACUGCUGAUGAGGCUCGAAACCUUAAAGCGUAUGGUGAAUUGCCGGAUACAGUGAAGAUCAACGAAACCGAUACCUUCGGCGAGGAAGAUGGAGAGUGCACAUUCGAAUUCGGAGACGAGGGUGAAGUCGAUGUGGAUGACAUCUGA